UGCAGAUUAUGGUGGCUUCAUCAGUAAAUUAUUGCAUGAACAAAAUUCGUUGACCAUUUGUUUUGAUAUUCGUAUAGAAGAAAAUACAAUUUCAGGUGUAUUAAUGAAACAGAUGACAAACAUUUUCAAAGCUGAGACCUCACCAUUGAAAAAAGAAGCUGGUACGAAUACAUUAUCUGAAGAUUUUCAGAAAGUACAUUUACACAAUGAUAUCUCAACAGAAAAAGAUGAGGAUACGGCUGUACUGUGUGCGGACUUGGAAACAUUGCACAAGAACCCGCGAUUUGCUGAUGUCAUUCUAAAAUUAGGAGAGCGGGAGUUUCCGGCGCACAAGGUGAUUCUGGCAAGUCGGUCAAAAGUGUUUGAAGCCAUGUUCGAACAUGACAUGCAAGAAAAUCAACAAGACGCUGUUAGUCUUGUUGAAAUGGAAGUCGGUACUAUUGAGGACAUGCUUAGCUACAUCUACUGUAGCAAAGUGCGUCAACUGUCUCCUGAAGAAGCGCUCAAAUUGUAUGUUGCAGCAGAUCGGUACGACUUGCAGGGACUGGUGCUCAAGUGUCGUAAAAUUAUGCUCAGUGGGUUAUCUAUCGACAAUAUUUGUGAUAUAUCUGCUGUUGCCGAUUUGCACAAUGACCAGUUACUAAUAGACGCUGUAAAAUCUCUUCUAUCUAAAGAUGCUAAAAAACUUCUAAUGACAGACAAGUGGCUAAUGUUUUCCAAGGAGAACCCACUUUUAGCUUUAAAUUUAGUUCAGUCUGUUAUUUUAGGUCAUUGA